CUUUUUUUUUUUCACCUCGACCUAACCAUCUAAUAUCUGCCAUCUCCAGCAGCAGUAAAUUCAAAAGAACAAUCGACAUUCUCAAACAUGAUCUGCUCAUCUUGCCGCUCCGCGCUGCGCCUGCGCCUCCUCACCUCCCUCCCAGCGCGCCCCUCCAUUGCGCCCAUCAUCACAAGCUCUUUCAAACCCGCCGCCGCCGCCAAAGCCUCUCCCCAGCGCAGCAGCAGCAUCCGCUACCUCUCCUCAACUCCCUCGCGCCAAUUCUCCUCCUCCCCCUCUUCCAGCCAGCAACAGCCGCAAGAAGCAGACGAAGACACGGGCAUGACCCCCGCCGAGUCGUCCAUCGCCGCCAUCCUCGCCUCCAAGCUCAACCCCACGUCGCUCCUCGUACAGGACAUCUCCGGCGGCUGCGGCAGCAUGUACGCCAUUGACAUCACGUCGUCUGCGUUCAAGGGGCUCAAUAUGCUCAAGCAGCAGCGUCUGGUCAACAGCGCGCUGGGGGACCUCGUCAAGCAGUGGCAUGGAGUGCAGAUACGGACGAGGGUGCCUCCUGAGGAUGCUUGAGGGAGCUGGAAAUAGAAAAAAAGAAAUAAAUAAACAAAUCAAAAAUGGAGAGAAAUAUGAAAGGGAGCUUAAAGGCUUAGAAUAUAGCCAAUUGUAUAAAUAGCAAGAGGAUUGGAUGGGUAUUGGGAGCCCAUAGGCAGGCGAAUGUAUUCGAAUAGUUGUCUAUUGUACCGCCUUGGAAUAAGCAUCUCUAUUCUGUAAUAAUAUGGAUUAUACGACGC